UAGAUCUCAAUUCGAAAUUUGAAAAUUUGGGGAGCCUCAACGUUUCUCUCUCUCUAACCCUAACUCGACUAACGUUCUGAUUUUUCCCCAAAUUUAGCACCAAAUCAUUCCAAUUUCACUCCAAAUCUGGUCUAAUUUCAACUGUAACUGCUCAAAUUCUUCCAUCGUUGUCUGGUUUCGGUGGAAGACAUUGAAUCCAUGGCUUCUCGCAACCAAAACAAGCCUCCUGUUCCACGCAAUCCUGUAACCAAAAAUCGAGCGACCGAUGAUGGUCCGUUAGAUAAACGUAGGAGAGUCGGCACAGAUAGGCUUACGGCUGCAACAUCUUCAAGUAGAGGCAGACAAGCACUAGCCCCAAUGAAUAACCAAAAAGACGUUCCCGUUGCACCCUCUGAAACUGAAGCGACAGAGACUGAAAUUAUCGAAUUUACAAAGGAAGAGGUGGAAGCACUAUUGAAUGAGAGGUUUAAACCGAAAACAAAGUUUGAUACAAAGGCCAAACAGGAGUGGAUGACAGAGUACAUCAAAAAGCUGAAAGUGUGUAUAAAGUGGUUUCAAAAGGGUUUACAAGAGCUUGCGGAGGAGAAGGAUAAGUUGCGCGAGACACUCGAUUCAUCAGAAAAAAAAUGUUUGGAAACAGAGGCUGCAAUGAAAAACAAGGAAGAAGAACUGAAUGCUAUAAUAUCAAAACUGGAAACCAAGGUUUCCUGUUUAAACGAAAGUUUGGCAAAGGAGGAAUCUGAGAAACUAGAUGCACUUGAUUCUCACAAGAGAGAAAAAGAAGCUAGGAUGGCUUCAGAAAAAACGCAAGAUUCUUUAAGGGAAGAACUUGGAAGGGCUGAGCAGAAUUUAUUGACUGCUAAUGAGAAGGUGAAAACACAAGAAGACAUGUAUAAGAGGCUGCAGGAGUACAACACUAGUCUGCAACAGUACAAUACUAAACUUCAAAAUGAAGUUAAAGUAGCAACUGAUGCAAACAAACACCUAGAAAAAGAGAAAUCUGCAAUACUUGAGAACCACACCACCUUAAGGGGUCAUUAUAGCAUGUUACAAAAGGAGUUUACUUCUGCCAAAGAGUCUCGAGAUGACGCAGUGAAACAAAAAGAAGCUGCAAAGAGAGAAGUAGAUAUCCUUAGAGGAGAACUGCAACAAGUUAGGGAAGAUCGUGAGAAACAGUUACUACGAGUUCAAGAGUUAACAUCUGAACUUAAAACAUGUAAAGAAUAUACUGGGCGCACUGUUGCAGAGAUUGAUAACCUGAUACUAAAAUCAUCUGCUUUAGAGGAUACCUGUUCCUCUCAAAGAGAACAAAUAUCUCUACUCCAAAGUCAAUUGGCUGCAGCUACCCAAAAGCUUAAGAUGGCUGAUAUGUCCUCAUCGGAAAUAAGGACCGAGUAUGAGGAGCAAAAACGAAUAGUAUCUGACUUACAAGAUCGUUUAAAGGAUGCGGAGACGAAACUUUUAGAAGGGGAGAAUUUGAGGAAGAAACUUCACAAUACCAUUUUGGAGUUAAAGGGUAAUAUUAGAGUAUUUUGUAGAGUUAGGCCUUUGUUGCCUGAUGAUGGUCCUACAACGGAAGCUACCGUCUCGUUUCCGAGUGCCCUUGAAUUAGCUGGCCGAGGGAUCGAGCUUUAUCAAAGUGGUCAAAAAUAUCCUUUCACAUUUGACAAAGUGUUUGAUCAUAGUGCAACUCAACAAGAGGUCUUCAUGGAGAUAUCACAGCUAGUGCAGAGUGCACUCGAUGGAUAUAAGGUGUGCAUAUUUGCAUAUGGUCAAACGGGGUCCGGUAAAACAUACACGAUGAUGGGCCGUCCUGAUGCACCUCUUCAAAAGGGUUUAAUACCACGCUCGUUAGAACAAGUGUUUCAAACUAGUCAAGCUUUAGCUGUUCAAGGGUGGAAAUAUAAAAUGCAGGCUUCCAUGCUGGAAAUUUACAAUGAAACGAUUCGUGAUCUGUUGUCACCACGACAAAUUACCGGAGGAGCUGAAGGUGGUGGUGGUGCAGGGAAACAGUAUACCAUCAGACAUGAUGCUGACGGCAACACGUUUGUCUCUGAUCUUACGAUUGUUGAUGUUUGCAGCAUCAGGGAGGUUUCCAGUCUUCUUCAGCAGGCUGCACACAACAGGUCUGUUGGCAAAACGGACAUGAACGAACAUUCAUCAAGAAGUCAUCUUGUAUUCACGUUAAGGAUUUAUGGUGUAAACGAGAGCACCGAACAACAAGUGCAAGGUGUCUUAAAUCUAAUUGAUUUAGCUGGGAGCGAACGUUUGUCAAGAAGCGGGGCAACAGGAGAACGUCUCAAGGAAACUCAGGCAAUCAACAAAAGUUUAUCCUCGUUGAGUGAUGUUAUUUUUGCUUUGGCGAAGAAAGAAGAUCAUGUUCCGUUUCGAAACUCUAAGCUUACCUAUCUUCUCCAGCCGUGUUUGGGUGGAGAUUCAAAGACUCUUAUGUUUGUAAACGUUUCACCCGAUCCAUCAUCAGUUGGCGAGUCGUUAUGCUCCCUACGUUUUGCUGCAAGGGUAAAUUCAUGCGAGAUUGGAAUCCCAAGGCGUCAGACAAUUAAACCAUUGGAUUCGCGUUUGAGUUGUGGAUAAAAGAACAUGAGGAACUUUAUGUUAUUGAAGCGAAGGGGCAUUUUAUUGUUGUUUUGUCAUAUGCCCAAUGACAGUAUUACUUACUAGUAUAUUAUUGUUGGUGUUUGAUUUAGAGUGUAGAAGGAAUGUGUUUGAAGAAUUUAACUUGUAAUUGUGUGGGAUUUGGUUUCAUGAUUUGUUGUAACUCAUGUAGAGGAUAAAUACAUGAUUUAGUUAUGUUUUUUUCUUACA